AAAUGGUUGAGUGCUGCCCUCUUUUGGGUACACCUAGGAAGUUGAAGACUGAGAAGGUGACAGUAAAUGAGGGGGAGGGAGAGCUGUCCAUAAGGGGUCCUGAGGAGUGAAAGAAUCCUGCCAGCGGACAGGGUUCUGGGUUUUUUUUUACAGCAACGGGACUACCUGGCAUCACGAGAGGUUGCAAGCGGGCAACGACGACGAGGUACACAGAGGACACCGAAGUUGAACCAAGUUCGCGAAGUGGCGGUGCUGCUGUGUGUGUUUUUAAGUGGCUGCACUCACUGACCUUCACGGGAGGGAAGCCAUACUGAAGAAAAUAUCUGACGGAAUACCUCCUCCCUUAUGUGCCUCCCCAACCCUUGAGUUCAUCGGAAGAGGCCCUUUUGUGGGCCCCCUACCAUCUGAAGGUUGAAUUUUAAGUGUCCCUUGGGAACUGCUGACAGACCCAAAGUGUGCACCAUGGCCUCACGCAUUGGUUUACGGAUGCAGCUCAUGCGAGAGCAAGUACAGCAAGAGGAGCAGCGGGAGCGCAUGCAGCAGCAGGAGAUGAUGCAUUACAUGCAGCGACAGUCAAUGGGAAUGGCUCCAACCCCUGCCAUCAACACACCAGUUCAUUUCCAGUCACCACCUCCUGUGCCAGGAGAAGUCUUAAAGGUUCAGUCCUUCCUGGAGAACCCUACCACUUACCACCUGCAACGGUCACGAGACAAGAAGGUCCAAGAAUAUCUGUCUGAAACCUAUGGGAACAAGUUUGCUCCACUGCUCAGUGCCCCUUCUCCCAAGCCUCCCCCUUCGGCCUCACCUGGUGUGAGGCCAAGCCACGUCAUGUCCUCUUCUGCAGGCAACAGCACCCCAAACAGUCCAAUGGCGAUGCUCAACAUUGGCUCUAACCCAGAGCGGGAGAUAGAUGACGUCAUUGAAGACAUCAUGCAGAUGACUACUGCGGGAUGCAUUAACCCAGAAAUUCAUAUGCCCAAUACUCUGCCACUGUCUAGCAGCCAUAUGAAUGUGUACAGCAGUGACCCUCAGAUGACAUCCCCCCUGGUGGGCAUCACCAGUAGCUCCUGCCCUGCUGAUCUCACUCAGAAGAGAGAACUCACAGAUGCUGAAAGCCGUGCUCUGGCUAAGGAACGCCAGAAGAAGGACAAUCACAACCUGAUUGAAAGAAGGAGAAGGUUCAAUAUCAACGAUCGCAUUAAGGAACUGGGAAUGCUGAUCCCGAAAGCUGGAGACCUGGAUGUACGCUGGAACAAAGGGACAAUCCUGAAAGCCUCUGUUGAUUAUAUCAGAAGGAUGCAGAAAGACUUGCAGAAGUCACGAGAUCUUGAGAAUCAUUCUAGGCGCUUGGAAAUGGCAAACAAGCAACUCUGGCUCCGCAUACAGGAGCUGGAGAUGCAGGCUCGAGUCCACGGGCUACCAACCACUUCACCCUCUGGCAUGAACAUGGCUGAACUAGCUCAGCAGGUUGUGAAGCAAGAAGUCUCUGGGGAGGAGGGGACGACGGAGAUCCAGCAGCAGCCGCAAUUGCACCCUGAGACUCGGGAGACUCAGCACCAGCCUCCUUCCUUUGCUCCUCCUCAGUCCCCUUAUCAUCAGCUGGACUUUACCCAUGGCCUAAGUUUUGACGACAACUCCAGGGGCUUCCAUGACCCUCUGGACGCCAGCCAAAAUGUCUCCUUCCCCUCCUUGUCCAAGAAGGAGCUGGACUUGAUGCUAAUGGAAGAUACCAUGCUGCCUGUGGUUUCUGACCCCUUGUUCUCUGCAGUGUCCCCUGAGGCUUCAAAGGCUAGCAGUCGCAGAAGCAGCUUCAGCAUGGAGGACACAGACAUGCUGUGAUCAGAAGCCUCUAAGAGAGAAAAGACUAGGAGUCAAAUAUUGUUUGUUUGUGAAGAUUCGUCCCUCUGCCUUGUCCCUGCAAACCUACUCAAGGGCAUGUGAGACUAAACAGCUUUGCAUCCUAAACAGGAGACUGCUUGAGCAGGGUGUGGAUGGGAUGGGGGAGCCUCAGCAUAAGGUUCACCCCAGCUCCUGGAAUGUUCCUUGGAUGCCCUGAUUUGCCAAAAAUCCAGCAGUUGUGCCAUGGCCACAUGAUAAUCAUGGUCUUUCCACCCCAAUUCUGCCUUUCUGAUUCCUGCAGGCGUAUCUCAGGUGCCCUGUGCCUUCACACUGCAUGUCCUGCAAAGCCGCUUCACAUUUCAACAAUGUGAUUUUGGUGUUGAUGGCCAGGUGGCAGUUCGUCCUGUUUUGAAAAGCAGCUUUAACCAAGACUUGGCAUUAAUCUGUUCUCGCAGACCAGUGCAUCCACUAAGCCUCACUGUGCUCCCUUUUCCACCCAUCUGGCCGAUGGGAGCGAUCAUGCACUCCCAUUUUGAGACUCUGUGCCUUACAUAGGGCAUGGAUAUCUAGUACACUCUGCAAGGAGAGUGUGGUGCUACCAACAGUGUGAUAUGGGCUGUGAUUUUGUAUCAGUCGCUUGAAGAGAUGGAGGGAUAAUAUAAUAACUCUCACAAAAGCGCUCCAAAGUCAGAAGCCCAAAUGGGAUAUAGCAGCCUUCAUUAAGUUCUUAUGGGCUUUGAAUACUGUAUGCAUUCUCCAUUAGAACUCCAGACUGUUGUGGUCUCAUUUUGACUCGGGCUUCACCUCUGCAUUCUUUUAAUUUGUGUGUGUGUGUGUCUAGAAUCCUAAUUCAGGUGUACCUAGGUACAGCGACUCAAACAGGGCUGGAAGUCCUGCCCUGGCCCCAUCAGUGACUUCCUCAGCUCACCACUGAUGCUUACAGUGGCAUAUGAAGAGGUGUGGCCGCCCAAGCCGCCUGAUCAUGGAAGCACCCGCCAUCAUGGAAGCGGGGUUCACCUCUUCAGACAAAUGCUGCUGCAAGCAUGAGCAGUGGGCUGAUGAGGUGAAUGACGGAGCCAGGGCAUGACUUCUAGCCCUGUCUGAGACACCAUUCCUGAAUACAGUGUCUCUUUUCAAGAAUGUCUGAAUUAGGCUCAUGUGUUCAGGGUGGAGGAAAGUGUGUACACACAUCGAGGCAGGGCUCUUUCUAGGUUCCAAAAGGUCCUCUCCUGGUUGGAUAGGCCCUGCAAUAGUUGCUCCAACACCACCAUACCACUUCUGUGCCAUGUGCAAGCUUUAGGCACAAAGGAUAGCAAUAGGCCCUUCUGUGAGCCCUGGGCUCAUGGCAGUUGCCCAGCAAUGCCAACCUCUGAUGCCUGGAGGCAUUUUGAAAACUUUACUGCAGCCAUUCACCAGUGAGAAUGAACAAACUGUUUUGCCAUUUAAAACUACUAAAUGGAAAAUUGGGGAUGAGGCCAUAGCUCAGUGGUAUAGCAUCUGCUUUGCAUGCAGAAGGUGUCAGGUUCAAUCCCCGACAGCAUCUCCAAGUAGGGCUGGGAGAGACUCCUGCCUGAAACCUUAGAGUGCCAUAGCCGGUCAGUGUAGACAAUACUGAGCUAGAUGGACCAAAUGUCUGACUCGGUAUAAGGCAGCUUCCUAUGUUCCUACCAUGACUGGCUCCAGUAAAAAUUUCCAAAACAUCUCUGACUGCAUGUACACUUCUCCCCUACAAAUAUGGCUGAAUAGGACUGGAGUCUUUGUCCACAUGAGAUUUCAAUUCAAAGUACUGAGGCCAUAACCCAUUAGCCUAGCUUGGAGCAGUCUAGUUCCAUCCUUUCUCCAGGCACUCCUUGUUCCUGAGAGCAACUCCACAAACCUUUCUUUAAAACAGUUUAAUUAAACAUGUUCAAUUAAACUAGUGCAAACUUUAAUGUGACCUGUUGUGGAUUAACAUAGCUCUAAGGGCAACUUCACACAUGGACUUAUCAUGCCAAAUGUCUGCAUUUUGGGGUAUGCAAUACUCUCCCUCCAAAUGGGCAAAUGUGAAGCUCCUAUUUCUGAUAAUAAAGAUAAAAUAACAUGCCAAGAAAAAGCAGCCACUUUUCGGUGGCACUCUGCUUUUAAGUGUUUACCAUAUAUUGGUGAUUUGCAUGUAUUUGUGAUGUGGAGUACCAAGCAUACUUAACUCUUCAGUUGGUCCCUGCAUAUCCUAUCUUCGAUUCCCUCUUAUAUAAUCCAAAUGAAAAUGGAGAGCUCUUUGCAGGGACCCUCCUUUUUCUGAUUGCUCAACAUUACUUAAAUGGGAUAAACCUGUAUCAGUUCUGAAAGCAAGUACUGUGGCACAGCCUUACUUGAGCGUUUUGGCAUCUGGUAUCUCCUAGAAUGAUAAACUGCUCUUUCUGCAGUUUAAACUGCCUGCAUUUCUACUAAGUAGUCUUGGUUGGCUGGAGAGUGACUGGAUUUUAUGCCUCUUGCCACUCCCUCCAUUUCUCAGGGCAUUUUAUCAGAACUCCAGAACUCUUCCAGUUGGUCUUAGGAAUGGUGUACGUUGCAGUUCCAGACCCAUGGGGCUCGGCAGCAUCUGUCUUUGCCCAGCCCUAGAAGCUGUGGCUGACUUGUCUUCUCUCCAAUUCUUCCGUCUCUCUGGUAGCUCAGGAAAUUUAGAAGACUCCAGGACCUGCCUCCUGCCAGCCUCCACCUCCUGUGUUUUGCAUCAGCUUGCUGUUGGAUGGAAAUCCUCAUUUGUGCUGUGAGGUGCUCCAUGUAUGUGUUUCACAAAGACUUGGCCUGUUGUUUUUGACAAGAGCAAUCUCCUAAGUGCCUGAAUGUUGCCAAUCAAUGGGUAGUUCACAGAAGGGGUGUUUUUAGUUAAAUUGUUCGAUAACCUUAGGCUAGACUACGGUCCUUCUUCAGAGCACUUAGUGUCAUCAGGCCUGUGAGAUAUUUGGGUAGAGCCUGGCACUGACCAAGGAAUCCUGAUGGCCAGUUCAAACUGGAAUAGCUUGAAUCUAGAUUGUAUGGUUAAAUUGCUCUGAGAUAGGAUAUUUUUUAAUCUCAAAGAAACAUGAGAGAUAUCUAGUCAGGUGGGGAUCUGAGGUAAUGUCUGUGAGUGUGCAGAAGUGUCAAGUGAGAUUGUUUGGAUUAUUAUAUUAAGCUUACUAGUCUACUCUAGUCCUUUUGAACUUGCAGCAUGUAUGCCUUAAGGCCUUGUUAGUGUUAUCUAGAAUGUUUCUGAAUUUGGAUCUGUGGAGAAAGGGAGAGGAAUUUAUUUUCUAAGAUUCUAAGAAACCCCUGAGAGAGGGAGAGUUGACUUUUAACACCUUCCUUCCUGAAACAAUUCUUGUUUGUAGAGCACUACCCCACAAACAGCCACCAGGUAUUCCUUUCAGGCAAAACAGUGCCUUCAGUCUCCCCUGGUUCUAUGGUUUGUAGCUUUUUUUCUGCACAAUCAGUUAAAGCAAGAAUUGAUUCAUUGAAAGUUUGGCUGGUUGCCUCAACAAAUCAACCUUGAAUUACUCGAAUCAAUUCGAGUUAUUCAAGUGCCAUUUUGAGGCCUGUUUUUCCGGGGAGAACUGGAAAAAUGGGCCUCAAAAUGGUGCUGUGUUUCCAGGGAGAAUUAGUCUACCAGUUGGGAUCGGUGUAGACCAGUCCUCUGCUCCGGACUUAGUAUGUCAGCCUACCCGGUAGACCAGUCUUCUGAGGUGGACAGGAAGUGGACAGACAUGCCAAGUCCAGAGCUGAGGGUUGGUCUACCCACUGACCCCAAUUGGUAGACCAGCUCUCCCCGGAAAAAGGGUACUCAAAUCAUCCAAAACGAUUUGGGUCGAAUCGGGGGUGAUUUGACCCCAAAUUGGACCCUCUAUCUUGAGGGCGAUUCAAGUCAAGUCCUCCCCCUCCCCACCACCCCCAUUACAAUUGCAUGAUGUUCCAUCUGUGUAUGGUUAGAAACAAUGAGGGGGAUAAUUUUGAUUGGAAAGUGUGAGGUGGACAUAGCUCCCAAAGAUUUGGAAAACUCAAACAAAACAAAAUGUUCAUAAAAUGGCAGGAUGCAGCCUUGCUAGCAUUUGUCUAUUUAAAAUAAAGCAUAGCUAGAGGUGCAUUCCUGUGCUGGAACAGUUCAGAAGGGGAGUGUAGAACUUCUAAAAAUGGAAAAAUAAUAAUAGUAAGCAUCUUGGUAAUUCACAAAAUGGUAUUGACAUAGGGGAAGGAUAUGCUGUGUGUCACUUACCACUAAUCACAUCAAAAACAAAAGCCAGCAUAGGUCUGUGACACACAUUCCACACAGCAGCCACAAAAGCAGUGGAUGCACUAUCGAAGGGAAAGUUGCUUUUUUUUCUCCAGGGUUGAUGCUGACUUUGAAUAGGAGAUUUCAGGUGGAAAUGUGUGGUUCCAUGAAAUUGGAAUAUUCACAAACUGAAAAACAAAACUGAAGAUUUUGCUUUGGUCAAAUCUGUUGCAAGUUCAUCCAGGGGCUGUUUUAAUGUUUUGAAUGUCACAGCAAUUAGCAUUUUGUAUUAUUGAGAUAUUCGUAUUUUAACUCCUUUGUGCCAGAGCACUAUGAAAUAUUGCAAUUUUGCAAUACAAGGACCUAUUUAAAAUUGUAUUUAUUACUCAGUUUGCUUCUAUUUCAUUCUGAGUCAGAGGAACAGAAGAUUGAAGAUAUGAAACCAGUGCUGCUGUAUGACCUCAUGUGAAAUAUGCAUGCAUGUGAACAUCUUGGGUCUUGAAUAAUGGAGAAACCAGUGAGUGAUUGAGGUACAGCUGGAAAUGUGCAAACUUUGGUCAACAGCUCUUUUAAAAAAUGCAGUUUUCCCCCUGCCCACAGCAACUAUAACCACUGAAUGUUCUGUGGAUCAUGGUUACAUGAGUAUCAUUGAUACCUGUUUGAUGGUGUUUCAGAUAUAUCACUGUGAUCAGCAGGCAUAGGUUUCCCUAUUCAUGUCAAUGUCAAACAUUUCUAUUUCCUCCCUCCUCUUUUUAUUCCUUUCCUUCAGAGACUGUACACACACACUCACACCCACCCAUCCACAGUGGAGUGCCAAUCUACCACCAUUCUCCCAUCCUAUAUUUUAAAAAGAGAGAAAAGAUUAUUCCUCACAGCAAGGCUACCUCUGCCCCAUUCCACUGUGUGGCGAUAAGAGCAUAGCACUAGACUGGGGCUUGUGCUAUUUCAGUACUUAUAAUAAGUAGUUCUAGUCAUCUUGAAAAGCAUAUAUAAGCACAUAGGAAUGUGAGAUGAAACACAGUCCAAUUUUGAGUCAAUUGAUGUCACACCAUAGUGGCCAUCACAAAGUUGGAACCAAAAUGCAUAGCACAUUUAGUGCUUUUUGGGUGUUGUGCAUCCUUGGAGCUUCAAAAUCCAGGUGGCAUUAGAAGCCUUAAUGGGCAAAAAGGAGGGCAUCAGGAAGUGGGCCAGUUAGUGAGUUACAAUGACUUAGUAAAAUAGCAUGUUAAAAGUGAAUAUCUAUGAAUAUCUAUUGUAAAGGGGCUCCUGUUGAUAGGAUGAAUGCAAUGGAAUAUGGCUCUGUUGUGCUUUGUAUCUCAAAUAUCGUGUAAAGAUAUUUUGAUGGGGGAAGAGGUGGAAUGGCUUACUGGAAGACUUGUUUCUCAACCCAAUGCAAGUAUUAUGUGUUCUACAAAUGCCUUACAUGCAUUAAACAGAAUGCUUGAGUGAUUGACAAUAUAUGGCAUUGAAAUAGGAUGUGAACGUCAAAAAUCCCACCUGUUUUUAAUGCUAUUUUCUUUUCAAGAGUUAAAACUGUGGCCCAGUUAUGUAUUUGUCCUUCAUCAAGGGCAGAAAAUAAUGUAAUAUGCAAGACAAAAACUAGAGAGGGUAAAGACCUGGAGCUUUAGGUCUUAAAUGUCUGAUCUGGUUGGCACCAUGUCACCUUCAGUCCUAUAUGAUUCAGAACCAGCAGGCUUUGAAAAGCAUAGGAAUUUGGUGUGAUUUAAAAGUGGUAUUUUUUUCUUCUUCAAAAGUAUCUAGCAAAAAGUUUUGAUGCCUCAGUUUCCAGGUGAAACCAGUCUUGAAAGGAUCUGAUUUUCAGAAAGUUCUUGCACUUCUCUUCCCAAUAUUGGGCUCCAGUGAGAUGUCUCAUGCUGAGUACUUGGAAUCAGUGGUCACACUUUUUGAAAGAUGUUUGUACAUUCUCUUCCUCCCUCCCUCCAUGCUAUUAUAGGCCAUAGUGCAGCAUGCUUUAUUGACCUGUAUGGUGUUGUGUAUAUUAUAUACUCAACAAGUUUUAAGUCUAAAUUAAUGCAGUGAAUAUGAUACCUGGUUCCCAACUAGAAUGGGAAGAAGGUACCACUAUACCAAAUCCCCUUCCAGUGUGAGAAGUAAGGGGCUGACCUAUUGUGAGAAUUAGUCACACAUUUUUAAAAGAAUGUUUUUUUUAAAAUGCACCAUGCUCUGAUUCUGAAAUGUUACUACUGUUUUAUAAAUAAAUGUAUAAAAUAAUGGACUGGAACAGAGAAAAAUCAUUAAAAUUUAUUUAUUUACAAUCUA